AUGGUUUUAAAGGUGGAAAGUACCAAGAGCUCAAGUGCAAUCCUCCCCCGCAACGUGCCCUCCUACAGGUCUCUGUCUUCCUCCCAUGAGGAUUGCCUUAGCAGUCACACUAGCUUCUCGGAUGGCGAGCUUGCCCGGAAUGUGAGGGAAGGUGUCAAACACCAAAUCUUCUACCUCUCAGAGCAGCUGAGAGUGGAGAAGGCCAGUAGGGAUGAAAAUACCAUGAGCUACCUCAAACUGAUAUCCAAAGCUGACCAGCACCAGGCCCCACACAUCCGGAAGGCCUUUGAAAGGGUGAACCAGCGCACCUCUGCCACUAUUGCUCACAUAGAACGAAAACUCUAUCAGUGUCAUCAGCAGCUGAAGGAGUUGGAAGAGGGCUGCAGUCCCACAAGCUUAGUGCUGAAUGUGGACAGUGGGAUGGACAGCCAUAAGCAGCCAGGUGGGAAGAUUUUAUAUUCCAAGUUGUCCAAGCCAGGUGGGGAAGAUAGCCUGCCCAUCAACGUUGCUAGGUCCUCUACUCUAGAGAGUCACUUGCCAGGCAUGCAGCAGAGGAAAUUUUCAGACAAAAAGUAUGUGGCCCAGCAACAAAAACUACUUUUGCAGAAGAUGAAAGAAGAACUGACUGAAGCCAAGAAGGUUCAUGCUAGCCUUCAGCUCUCCCAUCAAAACCUCAAGGAAAGUCAUAUGAUUGAUGUGCGGAGGAUACUGGAGUCACUCCAGGAAAAGAAAACCAGACAAUCACUGAUGGAAGAACAUGUGAAUGAUCACUUGCAGAGAUACCUGGAUGAGAUUUGCCACCUCAAACAGCAUCUGGCAUGCACUGAAGAGAAAAUGGCCUAUUUGUCCUAUGAAAGAGCCAAGGAAAUAUGGGAUGUAAUGGAGACUUUCAAGAACAGAAUAACAAAGCUAGAAACUCUACAGCAAGCUACCCAACUGGAGAUGAUGGCCAGCCUCAGAACCCGCCCCAAGGACUUUUUCUUCAGAUUCAUAAGCCUGCUUCUCACUCUGACCACUAUCCUCUUGGUCGUGGUCUCUACAUUGUGUUCUUGCCCUUUGCCCUUGCUCAACUCACGCCUGCGCAUCUUCAUUGUAUUUAUGAUCAUUGGGCUUGGGACCUUGGCCUGGCAGAAGCGGCAUGUCAUCUCUAUUAUUGACUGGCAGGCCUGGGUCCCCUUUAAGUGGAGAUCAGACUUAAAGGAUGCUAAACCUCCAUUAGCUAGACACUGA